AUGGAUACCUACAAGCAAUUUUUUUCGACAAGUGGUUUAUGUUUGAACACAUCUGUUGAGACUCAACCAGGUCUUGAAGUGCAAGAUGCUUCUUCAGGGAACACAUGGCCAUGGUCAUCACAGGAAACCCACGCUGGAAAACAGGACGAAAAGGCUGCAAUAUUAGAGCGUAGGCAAAUCGCGGGGCUAUCGAUAGGAACAUUUUGGGCCUUGGUCGUCUUGCUAUGUCUCAUUGUCGGAGGUGGAAUAAGUGGAGGUGUAGUAGCUGGAAUUGCGGCACAGAGAAAUAAUUGCAAGAGCACAGGUAUCAACACAAGUCCGGGCGUAGAGAAUUCUGCCGCUUGGGUAUGCUCGACAACAACAAACGUCAAAUAUUCGACGAGUAUCGUAAACUCGAUAGCACCUUCAACGACAAGCUCAGGAUUGAUAAUAGAUAAUUCAAAUAUAGCUUCAUCGUCUACGACGUCAUCCACGCCGUCUAACCCAUCAGUAUCGACUGCGCCAACAUCCCAUUGCUCCGAUGAAUUUUCCACAUUUAAUGAUUCUCUCGUUCAGCCCCUCUCUUCAGAGGGUUCAGCUAUCGAAUUAUCAGGCAUAGCGCAGACUUUUCGCGUCGCUUGUUACACAAACUAUCCGUCUGGCGCUCAAUAUGGAAAUCCAAGAAUUCAUGACAUCAUGAAGAUAUAUAUGCCGGAUCUAACUCAGUGUAUGAUGGCCUGCGCAGAGUAUAACGCGGGUUAUUCUACCAAUCUGCAAGGUGGGAUCGACGUAGGAGGGGGCUUAUGUAGGGCAGUCAGUAUGGUAAUAAAGGACGGGGAGUUUUGUUAUUUGAAGAAUGGGACCGGUGUUAACAACACGGCGAAUAGUGGGGGUGAUGCAGUCCGAAAAGAUAGUGCUAUCUUGCAAUAA